AUAAGUCAGUCGUUUUGCGAGGAAAGCGAGUUUCGGAUCGGUCGUUCGUCGCGCGGCUCGCUGUUUUUGUGAUUUUUAGCCCUACCCAGGAAAUUUACAUUUUUGUGGAAAUUAUUCGGACGUGAGAAAAAUCGGCAAAUAACUCGAAGCAAUAGCGGAUACGAUCGGGAGUGAGAAAAUAUAGGAAUAAACAAGUGGCUUCUCUCCAUUACCAGUGCAGAACCACUUUGAAUCCGUUCGGUGUGAUUGCCGGGUAGAUAAGUUCAACAAAAGAAGCACAGCCAUCGUCAUCAUCAUCAUAACCAUUGUCGUCCGGAAUGCAAACGAUAAAGUGCGUCGUGGUGGGCGACGGUGCCGUCGGUAAGACCUGCCUGCUGAUCUCCUACACGACCAACAAGUUCCCCUCGGAGUACGUGCCAACCGUGUUUGACAACUAUGCCGUCACGGUCAUGAUCGGCGGAGAGCCCUACACGCUGGGACUGUUCGAUACUGCCGGUCAGGAGGAUUACGAUCGCUUAAGGCCUCUGUCCUAUCCGCAGACGGACGUUUUCCUGGUGUGUUUCUCCGUCGUAAGUCCCAGUUCGUUUGAGAACGUCAAAGAAAAGUGGGUUCCGGAGAUAACGCACCACUGCCAGAAGACGCCGUUCCUGCUGGUCGGGACGCAGAUCGAUUUGCGUGACGAGCAGAGCACACUGGAAAAGUUGGCCAAGAACAAACAGAAACCGAUCACGCUGGAACAGGGCGAGAAGCUGGCCAAGGAACUGAAGGCGGUGAAGUACGUCGAGUGUUCGGCGCUAACGCAGAAAGGGCUCAAGAACGUCUUCGACGAGGCGAUCCUCGCCGCAUUGGAACCCCCAGAGCCAGCCAAAAAGCGGAAGUGCAAAUUCCUGUAAGCCGCUAGAAUUGUGUAUUUUUGUUUGCCACCGCCACCAUAACCACAUGUAGGACCUUCCUUUAGACACGUGUACACAAACAGAUCCAUGCCAACACAUAAACUUAUUUGUUUUUAUUUCUUUGGUUUUUGUGUUUUGGUAAGACUUGAGAAACAAAUAACGUAAGAAACACAUUAUAAUGACAAACACACCACACAAACACACACACAUGUUGGUUAAACUAUUAUUACUAUGAUAAGGAAGGAUAAGAGCAACAAAAAAAGUAGCGGAUGGAGUAAAAAAUAACAAAACUGGUUAGAAUAGAUGGGAAAACAAUUGUAUUGAAAAACAAAACAGCAUAUUUCCUACAUUUGCAUAUAUCUUAUAAUAGCAACUAACAAAAGAAAAUAGUUUGUUUGAGAUGGCAGAAAAAAGAAGAUAAAAUGUGGAAGUCAGAAAGACAAAAGUAAAUCAAGUUUGCACUGAUGGAACGUUAAGAAAAACUGCAAAAAAAGCAAACACUAUUAUACAACAAGAAGAAAAAAACAAUUAUGAAAAUUAAAAAUUUAUACAGCUUUUUUACAAGAAUUAUGAACAAAUCAAAUAUAUACCAUUCACGAAGACAAAAAUAACAACACAAAAUAACUAAACAGUUGAAGGUUUUGAAAACCUAUGAACCUAAAACAUUUUUCCACGAAUUUUCCCUGCGUGGAGUUUUACAUUGCAUGCGAGUCAAAAUCACCUGCUAAUAGUACUGCGCGUAUGCAGUCGAUUCAGUUCCUUCGGCAUACAUUUCUGGAAAUGUUUUUUUUUUACUUCGCAUUUUUAUCACACUACAGUAAAAUUUCUUACACAGUUUGUCAGUUUCUAUAAGCAGUUUUCGUGCAGCGAAAACAAAACAAAUCUAAGAUUAAAAUUUGAGUAUGCUUUCGCCAUACGGUUAUUUAUAUUGGCUGAUGUAUUUUUUCACAGAAAAUUCCGGUGCGUAAGAUGGCGUGACGCAAAAAUAUAGAAUUUUUAGUAUUCAAAAGUUUAAGCCAAGACAAGCGAGAAACAAUGUGUUAAAACAAUCCCGUAUUUCCUUAUUUCCGCGUUUGAAAGUCCUCAUGAUAUUUGAGAUGUUUUCAUUUCGUUAGUUAACUGCAUUUUUCCAUACUGUAUCGACCGUAAGCGACCAUUAGUAUUCCUUUUGUUUGUUCGUUCAUUUUGCUAGUUAUAUUGAUAUACACUUUAUACACACGAUUUCAACUGGAAGAGAAAAAGUUGUCUGCCUCACAAUUAUGAAGUUAAAUUUUCCACCACGGCUUUCUUAUGGAAUUGCCCUUGAGGUGGUUCGGAAGAUCGCUUUGCAUUAAACCCUAGUAAGAAAGAAGCGAAGAAAGAAGAAACGAGUUAAUAGGAAGAGAUUUAUAUUUAAUAAACUACAAUUAAUAAUGACUUUGAAAAAGAAGACAACAUUUUUAUACGGCUAAAUGUUUUCUUUUUCCUAUAAAAUAAAAAAAAUCAAAUAAUCGAAGUACAUCUUUCUUUAACAAACACACAAAUGCUAAAUUAAAGGAAGACGGAGCUGAGGAUAAAAAAUAACACAAACAAAACAGCGAACCUAUUUUGGUUUUCUUAGUUUCCUUAUAAGAGCAUCAGGCGGAGGAUGGAAAUGAAAAUUGAAAUGAUGGCAACACAGAAAUCUAUAAUAGAGGGAACGAAAAGAAUGAACUAGAAGAAGUGUAUUGAAAGGAAGUGCGGGAUCGCGAAGACAGAGCGAGAAAAAAAGGUAAUUCUAAUAUAUAUUUCGUAUAUAUUUUAUUUUAAAAAUAAAUAAAAAUCAUUAACUUCAUGCCAAAAGCAA